ACAAAUUUAAAUUUAAAUUCAAUUUAAAUAACUUGCAAGUAUGUCUAAUCAAUGGGAAGUUGUUAGCAAGUCCCGCAAACAGAAAAAUCUGGAAAAAAAAGUUAGUGCCCAUACGGAGCAGAAGCGUAUUGCAGCUCAAUUGCCAAAGCUUGAGGAUCUCUUGCCAACCCAGCAAUAUCGCAAUUUGUUCGGCUCUACCAAUAACAACAACAACUACAAGUCGAAUUCGCCUGCAAAAUCUAGUUCAAGUGCCUCAUCAUCGAAAAACAAGUCGCCGGUCAAGAAAAACGCCACGAAAACCAUUACGUCCGGAGGGAGUAGUGGAGGCGUGCCAAAAACGAAGAAGCAGUUGCCAGCUAAGCCCAAAACACUAGAACAGGCCCUGAAGCAUAUAAGUCCGGAUGAUUUUGCUGCUCAGCUGGAGCAAGUAAAACUUAGCUGUCCCGGCUCUGAGUUGCGAUGGCUCAGUCAUAUUGCCCUUUAUUUCAAUGGAGCCCUGUCCUAUGACUGCGAUCCUGUAUUCUCUGGACGUUCUUCUCAGUAUCCUAGUAAUCUAGCGAGUGCUGGACUUCAAAAAAUUGUUGUUGACUUCCUAGGCAGCGUAGGCGAGUCAAAUCUGGAGUAUUUCUUCUACUCUCUAUUAGACGGUAUGACUUCGGAUCUCAACAAUAACCAGACGGUGGUUGGCUACAAGUUUAUGCUGCAGUUAAUAGGCCAAGCAUAUCCGAGCAUUUGCUCUAAAAACUUUGCGAAGACCGCUUUACUGAGAAAUUGCUAUCAAAAUAGGAGCAACAUUUGCUUAAGUAUUUUGUGGGCCAUUGGCCAGGGCGGCUAUAGAUCACUAAAUGAGGGAGUUAAAGUCUGGCAGAAUUUAAUGCUACCUAAUUUGGAACUGAAAAGCUACUCCAAAUUUGUAGUGGAGUACAUCGAAAGGGUUCUUAAUACAGCAGGGACCUCCGAGGACACGUUGCUGCUUAAUCAGAAUGAAUUUUUUGCCACCUACAACGCACUUAACGCUCCCUAUAAUAAUCUACCCAAGGAGCUUCAGCUAAGCCUGAAGCGAAGUGCAAAUCAGUUGCUGCAAAAAUACAUUGCCAGUCCGGUUAAGCAUGCGAAUAUCUUCUUGACGCUCUUUCGCGACAUUACGACUGUAAGUAAGCCAGACAACGAGAUUGAAGGAUGCUUGAGUUGCCUUUCCAGCAGCGGCGGCGAUGAUUGCUUCAAAGUUUGGCGAAUGAACUAUAAAAAGCAACAGUUGGCAAGCUACAAGCUACUGCAAGCUAUAGACCAGGACUGGGAGACUUCUACUAAUUUACUGGCGAAAUCACCAGCAUUUCACUAUUUUCUACAAGACUUGCGGCUUUCUAACGAAGAGCUGCAGUCAAGCAAACGGAAAGAAAAUCAUUUAAUCAUUAAUGAUUUAAUGGAAGUUUUAUCGACGGUGCAGGAGAAAAGCAGCGCACAGCAAAAGAAAAACAAACAAAAUUCUGCGUCACAGAAAAAGAAAUGCGGCUGCUGCAAGUGGACUUUGGGUAGUAUUUUCAUCAUCGCGCUGAUUGCUGGUGCUCUCUAUUAUGAUACUGAGGUCAAUGGCAAGGGGCUGUUCGAGAAAUCAGCUACGGGCAAGGUACUGAAAAACGCUGGACUUUUGCCACAUGUCCAGAAGGGCUGGUAUGUGGCCAUGGGCACAAGCGCCCGGGGCUAUAAAUGGGCCGAGAAACAUGUUCCACCAUAUGCAGAACCCGCACUUAAGACGGCUGGAGAUCUGUGGAAGCUGGCGAGGAAUGCAGCAUGCAAUAUUUUCCAAUCCGGCAAGGGAUACUUCAAUACCAAGUGGCCUGUGAUUGCCAAGUUUAUUGACCAAUAUGUGCCCAAUUUGUCAGGCAAACUUGAGGCAUUCGUUGCGGGCGCUUGUGAUUUGGCCAUCAAUAGCUACGACAAGUCCGCCACGCUAAUUAAAGAAAAGGUCCUCGUCGGCCGCUUCUCACCAGAGAACAUCAAUCAGGCUUUGAAUCAGACGCGCAACGUCGCAUUGGAAUACUACAAUCAGUUUCACAAAAAGGUUGAUGCCUAUGCCAAGCUUAAAUGAUUCUAAGCGUCAGGCACGCUUGGAAAACAUUCUCCGAGUAAUACCACGAACAUCAUCAUUAGCAUCCGAAGAAUAAACAAGAAAACGUCAUAGUCAAUAGUAAAGGAACCACAAUUAUUUGGCAAAUUAGUUAAAAAAAGAAUUAAUAUGUUUUAAAUAAGUCUAUUCACCUGAACUUCUACCGCCUCAAAACACCAACAUUUCGUCAACAUGGCCUAGUAAAGAAAAGCAAUACGAGCAAAUUAUGGUGCAUGCCCAAAACAGAACCGAUGUAUA